CCACAAGGAAAACUGGAAGUUGGAAGCUGAGAUUGUUGGUGACUACAGGUGCAGAGUGGUGUCAACGUCUUGUUCGGUGCAAGUAGCUGAGUGCUGUGAAGUGCUCUGAUUGGGCCACAAGUUCAAGUUCAUUGGCAGUGAGCUCUUCAGGGCCUGCUGCAAGUCCGCCGUGUGAUCACCACGAUUACCAGGCCAACAAGGAGGUCCGGAUCCACGGCGAGGCCUCGAUGGAGGAGGCAAUUCAGGAUGGUUAAACCAAAUGGGCUGGACACACUGAGCAUCUGCGUUCGACCUCCCGCCCUGAGACCAUGCUCUCUCCUGUUCUCUUUCUUCUCGCAUCUCUUUAACUGUCUGCAGCUGUCUGAACCUCUCCUGCAACAGAGCGAUGGACGAUUGUGACACAGUCUGGUGGUUGUUUUCCCUCCUCAUGAGCUCAACACUCAAUGUCCAAGACAGAGGGGGGAGCAGAGAAUCCAUCGGCGGGAUGCAAAAUCCAAGAAGGAAAGGACCUAAAUGCUGUUGGAGGAGUUAGUGUGGCGUGGCGGAGGGGAGGGGAGCAGCAGCAAAGCCACUUUUCCAAGGGAGUAAAAGGCGCAUGUAAGUUAGCAUUUGGAAGAGAGUUUGCAGAGAAUAUGAGGUUAAGUGAUGGAUUGUCCUUUCAUCCUGCUUUUGGUGAGCCUGAAAGAGAGAUCUUCCACUUCGCAUAUGUUUUUUUUUUUUUUGCAUCAUCCUAUCAAUUCGGAACAAGCACAGCGAUCUGGUCAGUAGAUGCACUGAGUAAAGGACUGGCCCCUGUUGAAAAGGCAGCAAAACCUUUCUGUUGUGCAUCAGUUUGUUUUUUGUUCUACAUGCUUAGCUCUGGGAAUCUGAAAUCAUCAUAGCAGAAUCAAUGAUAAAAGUUGCAGUUGAUGCCAUGAAAGAUUGAUCACUCACUGGAAGACGAACUGGGCCACCGUCGGGCGUCGACGACUACAUGCGAAUGGUUGCUAGUCUGUUUAAUUCUGAUUCGUGCCAAUGCAGGGUUCUGAGUGUUCGAGCUGAUGGGGCUACAAAGUGCAGAAGCAAAUUCUGAUGAGCUCAGCAACUUAGUUUUUAGGCGGAAGAGCUGUUGGAACGCAAUGAAUGCAAUCGCACCGGUCGUUGUUUUUAAUUCUUGGGCGUUGCUGGAUCAUGUACCACAGUCAAUCAUUAAGGGGGGACAAAAUUAGAGUUUGGAAUGUAAUAAUCAUUGAGGUUGAUGAGUUCUUUUUUGGGUGGGUCAGAAGGCAUGCUGUGAUAAUAGUGUUUACUCUCUUGGGCA